UCCGCUCGACACGGGACUCGGGCUUCAGUGUCAGACGUAACGUCACUACUUCCUCACAGACGAAACUUAUUUUUUUGUUGUUUAAAUUUACAGAUUUUGAUUUUAUUAAUUGGAUUUGGCUAAAUGUCAUGUGUGACUGAGGAGCAAUGAAUCUGAAACGACCUCUACCUUACCGCUUGUGGAAAGUAUCGGACAGCGGAAUCAGUUCGGUCUUUUACUUAUACAUCGGUAUCAGAACAAAAUGAAAAAGUUCUUUUUGUUGCUUCUUUUCUGUCACGUUUCCUCGUCAGUCAAACACUCCCUGAAGUAUUUUCUCACUACAUCCUCUGGAAUUCCAAACUUCCCAGAGUUAAUAGCUGAUGUACAGGUCGAUGAUGUUCAGGCAAUUUACUGCAACGCCAACACAAAGACAGUAGAACCAAAACAGGACUGGAUGAAAAAGUAUUUUGAUAAGGACACUGGGCACCUGGAGUGGUACAAAUCAGAGUGUUCGGAGAAUUGGCUGAAUGUCUUCAAAACCAAGAUUGCUGAUUUGAUGCAGCAGUUCAACCAAAGUGAAGGUGUCCACGUUUUACAGAGGAUACAUGGCUGUGAAUGGGAUGAAGAGACUGGAGAGAUUACCACUUUUAUGCAGUAUGGUUAUGAUGGAGAAGAUUUCAUAUCACUGGACCUGAAGACACUGACAUGGAUCGCUCUGAAACCAGAGGCUGUCAUCAUCAAACUGAGAUGGGAUGCUGACAAAUUGAAAAUAACACACGAUCAGAUCUUCUUAACUCUGAUUUGUCCUGCGUGGCUGAAGAAGUAUGUGGACCAUGGGAAUAGCUCUCUGCUGAGAACAGCCCUUCCCUCAGUGUCUCUCCUCCAGAAGACUCCCUCCUCUCCAGUCAGCUGCCACGCUACAGGUUUCUACCCUGACAGAGCCAUGAUGUUCUGGAGGAAAGAUGGAGAGGAGCUUCAUGAGGACGUGGACCGAGGAGAGAUCCUCCCCAACCAUGAUGGAACCUUCCAGAUGAGUGUUGACCUGAAGGUUUCAUCAAUCCCCUCUAAAGACUGGAGGAGGUACGACUGUGUGUUUAAUCUCUCUGGUGUGAAGGAGGACAUCAUCACCAAACUGGACAAAGCAGGGAUCAGGACCAAUGCCACUGACAUGACCCCCUUCAUCAUCGCUGUAGUGGCUGUUCUUGCUGUCGUCAUUGUCAUCACUGCAUGUGGAUUCUUCAUUUACAAAAAGAAGAACGCCAAACGCCCUCCAUCUCCUGUAAGCAACCCAGAGGUCAUGGAGCAGCUGAAUCCCAGCGCCUAAAUGACAAACACACCACCCUGAACACAGUCUUCUGAGAAAUUUUUAACUGGAAGACCAGCGCCACAUAAACUGUGAAUUCAUUGAUUAGUCAUCAUUCAAGUCAUGAAUUGACAGAGUCAGGGUUUGGAAUCUAGUUGUAGAUUCUUACUGAUUUGUUUGAUGCAUUUUUGUGAAGAUAUGUUAUAUUCUUGUUUCUGAUUUUAUGUUUCACUCCUCUCCACACUGCACACUGUUUUGUUUUGGUUUUCAGUCUCAGUUUACACUACUGUUGAGUUUACUGUAUAUUGCAGAUGUAAUUCUUAGCUAUCUCUUUCAUAUUUAUUCCCUACUGAGUAAUCAAGGUGUGUUUUUUUUUAAAGUGAUUUUUUUUAUUUAUCUUUUUACCCUCUUUUUUACAUUAGUAAAAUAAAUUGGGACAUUUCCAUUCUAUA